AUAUCAUUUAUAUAGAUAAUGAGGGACCCAGAAACAGGAAAUUCUAAAGGUUAUGCCUUCAUUAAUUUCGCCAGUUUUGAGGCAUCUGAUGCUGCUAUUGAAGCAAUGAAUGGACAGUAUUUGUGUAAUCGACCAAUUACCAUUUCUUACGCAUUUAAGAAAGAAUCUAAAGGAGAAAGGCAUGGUUCUGCUGCUGAGCGUUUACUAGCAGCACAGAAUCCAUUGUCACAUGCCGAUCGACCUCAUCAACUCUUUGCUGAUGCUCCUCCUACAGCUGGUGGACCUAUGCCAGUUCCAACCCAUAUAGUUCCUCCCCCUCCAAUGCCACCCCCACCAUCAAUUAUGCCUCCUCCACCAUCAAUUCCAAUGUCUACUCCUGCAAUUGUUACUUCAUCUGGGGCACCAAUGCCACCACCUCCACCAUUGCCACCUAGCUCAUUGCCACCACCACCUCCAUUACCUGUGCGACCUCCAGCUCCACCACCAACCAGCUUCCCAUCCGCUCCACCUCCACCUCCUACAAGUCAUAUUAUGCCACCACCACCACCCGCUCCUCCAGUUUCAUCUUUCAGUGGCAUGCCUCCUCCUCCACCACCAUUGCCCCCUGCAUCUAGUUCUACAUCUCAGAUUCCAAUGCCACCAAGCAGUACAGAGCAGCCUCCACCGCCUCCUAAGUCAACUGAUCAGCCACCAUUGCCUCCACCACCUCCACCAAUGGGUUUGCCUCCUGGCAUGCCUCCGUUUCACAGUCAGUCUGUGCCUCCCCCUCCUCUUCAUGGAAUGCGACCGCCAAUUCCUGGCAUUGGUUUUCCAAGGCAGCCUUUUGGUCCUCCUCCUCCAUUUCCCGGUAGAGGUAACAUGCCACCUGCUCCACCACCUCCUGGACCAAUGCCCCCACCUCCAGUGCCAAGAGGUGUGAGACCACCAAUGCCUCCACCACCGCCUCCUCCACCCAGCUCAGCACCUUAAAUAUGAAAAAUGUGAAUAAAGUGUAUUUUAUAUGUAGUA